CUAUAUUAUUCACAAUAGACCACCCUCCACACAGGUGUAAUAACUAAUAAAUGCAUUGGUACUCCUCUCCCAUAUGCUGUUCACUAUUUCAUUUUUCUGCUUCUGCUUCCGCUUCUGCUUCUGCUUCCGCUUCAAUAUUUAUUCAACCCCAAAACAACUUAAAAAACCUCUCCACACAGAUUAAGAUUACUAAGUUGGCGUUGUCAGCAAGUAAUUAAAUUAAAGAGAGUGUGAUGAAGCAGCCUGUGUCUUCUGCAUCCUACUCCUCGGCCCUCAGGAAGGCCCGCCUGUCGCCUCUUCUGUUCACUCUGCUGCUCUUCUUGGUCCUCUUCUCCCUCCUCUACGGCGAGGACUUCGCGCGCCUCGCCGGGCAGGCGGAGGAUCGGAACGCAGCCACACGGAUCCCACAGCUCAUAGAGAGGAGGGGGGCGAGACCGCAGAAGCUGCCGUUCGCCGUCGGGGAGCUCGACGGAGGAGGCGGGCGGUGCGACGUGUUCAGCGGGAGGUGGGUAAAGGACGAGUCGGGCCGGCCGCUGUACGAAGAGUGGCAGUGCCCGUACAUACAGCCCCAGCUGACUUGCCAGGUGCAGGGCAGGCCCGACAAAGAUUACCAGCACUGGAGGUGGCAACCCCACGCCUGCUCUCUUCCAAGUUUCAAUGCGACGAUGAUGCUAGAGGCUCUGCGAGGGAAGAGGUUGAUGUUCGUCGGCGACUCGCUGAACCGUGGCCAGUUCUAUUCGAUGGUUUGCCUUCUCCACUCCGUCGUCCCUAACGAAUCCAAAUCCAUGGAGAUUAACUUCGGUUCGCUCAGCACCUUCACAGCCAAGAACUACAACGCUUCGAUCCAAUUCUACUGGGCUCCGUUCCUCCUCGAAUCGAACUCAGACGACGCCAUCGUGCAUCGAAUCUCCGAUCGGAUCGUUCGAAGAGGCUCGAUAAACAAGCAUGGCGAAAACUGGAAGGGAGUUGAUAUUUUGGUGUUCAACACAUACCUCUGGUGGAUGACUGGUCUCACAAUGAAGAUCCUAGAAGGAGAAGGGUCAUUUAAUGAAGCGAAAGACGUGGUGGAGCUAACAACCGAAGACGCGUAUCGAAUGGCGAUGAAAGAUAUGCUAAGAUGGGUGCAGGAUAAUAUGGACCUGACGAAAACACGAGUUUUUUUCACCAGUAUGUCACCUUCCCAUCAAAAGAGCCAAGAUUGGGGCGCCGAACCGGGCGGCAACUGCUACAACCAGACGACGAUGAUCGAGGACCCGAACUACUGGGGCUCGGACUGCCGGAAGGGCAUCAUGCAGGUGCUCGGGGAGGAGCUCGCGGAGUCGGAGGUAUCGGUGACGUUUCUGAACAUCACGCAGCUGUCGAGCUACCGCAAGGACGCGCACACGUCGAUCUACAAGAAACAGUGGCUACCCCUCUCCCCGGAACAGCUCGCGAACCCUGUGAGCUACUCCGACUGCGUCCACUGGUGCCUGCCCGGUCUCCAGGACACCUGGAACGAACUCCUCUUCGCCAAGCUCUUUUACACUUGAACUACAAGCAGCCGCAAAUGAUCAUAACGAUCUCUCUCCCUCUUAGGGUUCUCGUAUUUGGAUUGCGUGUAUAUUUUAGUACCAUUUUUUUGGCCUUUUUUUUCUUUUUUCGUGACACAACGUUCUGUAUUGUAAAUUGUUAUUUAAACAGCAAUGCUGUAUGCGCACUCCAAAAAAAAGGGGCUGCAAAUCUCGCACCUCUUCAUCCAAGGACUAAUAUAUAUUUAGUCCUCCAUCAUCUUGUCAACUCGUUUUUUAUAAAUAUUAAAAAUUUAAAGGAGUUUGUGAACGAUCCAA